AUGGUGCAAUACAAUUCUCAGGGAAUAGGGAACGUGAGGAAAAACUGGAACCUAUUGAAAGAUGCAGAUAUUUUAGUAAUUCAAGAAACCUUUUUGGAAAAAGAAAAAAUGGAUAAAGUGACUAAUACACUGGAUAAAAAAUUCAGCUGGAGUGGCAAAGCAGCUGUGAGAGCUGGCGAUUUUAAUGCGAGAAUUGGGGAAGGUCAAGGAGUGGCUGAAUGUGGACUAGAGGAGGUAAAUGAAGUUCCCGCAAGGAAAUCCGAGGAUAAAGAAAUAAGAUCGGAAGGUAAGAAAUUAUUGCAGUGGUGCGAGGAGAGAGCAAUAAUUAUUAUGAACGGCAGAAUGGAAGGUGAUAUUGAAGGGAAGAUCACUUGUAUUGGUCAUGGCAGUGGUCUAGGUAGUGUACUAGAUCUUGUUCUAGUCAAAACGGAGGAACAAAAUAUACCUGAUUGGUUCAAAGGUCUCAAAGUGUCUGCACAGGAAGGAUCGGAUCACUUACCUAUUCUUUACAGAGUGAGUUGGGAAAGCAAAAAUAGGACACAAACUAAAACAAUUCAUGUCAAAAAGAAAGGCAGAUUGCGAUGGAAGAAGGAAAAAGAAGAAAGUUUUAGGGAAGCAUGUAAAGCUUCGUGGGGAUCACUGCUAUUAAAUGAAAAAGAUCAAGACAUAGAGAACAGAUGGGACAAGAUUAAACGAGUUAUACAAGAAGCGGCCAAGAAAUCAGGAAUGUAUAAGAAGGGAAAUAAAACAGGAAAUAAUUAUAAUGGAUGGGAUAAUGGACAAUAUAAAGAAAUGAGAAGGAAGUUAUUUAAAUUGUUAUAUAAAUUCAGAAAAACAAGAAACUGGAAGAAUAAGGUUGAAUAUAUAAAAGUCAGGAAAGCCUUGAAGAAGUUAAGAGAGAAGUUGAUAAAAGAAUGGCUGGAAGAUAAGAGGAGAAGAGUAGAAAAAAGUCGUAACUUGACAGAGUGGUGGGAAUCCAUGAGAUGGUUUCGUAAAAGAAGAAAAAUAGUAGAGAACAGUAUCACGAAAGAAGAAUGGGCAAGACAUUUCACAAAUUUACUAAAUGAUGCGGAAAAUUUAAUUGUUGAAAAUGGAAGAAUCGAAGAAAUGGUCGAAAGUGAAGAAAUGCAACAUCAAGAAGAGAAAAAUGAUGGGAUCCAUAAUGCCGUUCCAGAUGAAUAUAACGAAGAAAUCAGUUUAGAUAAACCGAUAGAACACGAAGAAAUAAUAGCAGCUUUAAGAAAUUUAAAAUCGGGGAAAGCAGCUGGAGAAGAUGGCAUCAGUGCAGAGUUCCUGAAAAAUCUACCAGUCGAAAUAUUUACGGAAGUUAGUGAGGCAAUUAAGGAGAUAUGGGAGAAAGGCCAGUUAAAAAACGAAUGGAGGACGUCCAUGAUUUUCACCAUUUACAAAAACGGAGAUGUUAAUGAAACUGGAAAUUAUAGAGGAAUUUCUCUACUGGACAUUGGAUACAAGAUAUUGGCGACGAUAAUGGCAAAUAGACUGAAGAAUUGGUUAGAAGAGAAUGAAGUCAUAUCAGAAGCACAAGCGGGGUUUAGAAUGAAAAGAGGAGCAAUGGAGCAAGUGUAUGUAUUAAAUACAAUUAUAGGAAAUAGGUUGAAACAAAAAGAAGACGACUUCAAAAGAAAAAAAGUUGGAGGAACAGCUUUUGGUACAAGUGAGACUAAAGGUUUAAAAAUAUAUACACUUUUAUACGCUGACGAUGUGGCAUUAAUAGCUGAGGAUGGUAAAGCACUACGGGAGAUGAUGAUAAUUUUGGAAAAAUGGACGGAUCGAAACCUUAUGGAGGUGGAUACAAAGAAGACAAAGAUAAUGGUAUUUAGAAGAGGAGGAAGAAGAAAGAAAGAAAAGUGGACUUACAAAAAAGAAGAAAUUGAGGUUGUAACAGAAUUUAAAUAA